AUGCGGGCUCGACCGUGCCAUCCACCUGCACCCUCCUCCGCCUUUGGCCUUCUUCACUCUGUCUUGACAGCGGGUACGGGUGGAGGAAGAUGAUAGAGUGAGGUAGAUGCUGUGCAAGUCUACACUCACUAUGAAGUAAAUCAUGCACAAGUCAUCGUCCCUUCUGUCACCUAGCUGCGGAACACACAGUGGACAUCGUCGGUAACGACAGUCAAACUGCCCUGUGUGUGUGUGCUCGCGUGUAUGCAAUGGGCGAAACAAUCAAAAUCGAAACAACAACAAUACCAAUAACAACAACAACCAUACUCAUUCUCCUCAUCCUACCUCUUCUUCCUCUUCCUCUCCCUAUUCUUCUGCCUAUUCUACUCCUUCGCCACCUUCUUCUCCAUCUCCUUCCCGUCGCCCCACUCGUUGUCACCAGACUGGCAGGGUGAGUCCGCUCACUCUGGCAGCCUGGAAUGUUCGUUCCCUUUUAGACAAUCCGAAGAGCAACCGACCGGAACGGAGGACGGCGCUAGAGACACGAGAACUGGCGCGCUACAAGGUGGACAUCGCCGCACUCAGCGAGACCCGAUUCUCCGAACAAGGCCAACUGGAGGAAGUGGGUGCCGGCUACACCUUCUUCUGGAACGGUCGACCCAGGGCAGAGUGA